CGUUACGAAUCUUCACACGCAGUUCGCAGUUCAGAAGCAGACAACCGACGACGAGGCAGAAAAAGCGCAUCGCUCCCUCAUCGAAGCUUGAAAAUCCAAUCCCGCUUUUUUACGGUACAUUAGAACAGUUUUUGAACCAAACAGGAAUAUCCAGAGGUAGCCCUCUUCGAAUAACCAUGGUAGCGUCGAAGAAAUCGUACAGCGUUGGCGAUUUGGUGUUCGCCAAAGUAAAAGGUUAUCCGCCUUGGCCAGCAAAGAUCCUGAAAUUCGAGAAAAAGAAGUACAAUGUAUACUUUUACGGAACGGGAGAAACGGCAAAUGUCAAAAUGGAAGACGUUUUUGGCUACAGCGAGACCAAGGAUAAAUAUGCCACUGAAAAGAUAAUGAAGCGAAAGGGAUUCAAGGAAGCUAUCGUACAAAUUGAGUCGGCCCUGUCCGGGGAAGAUCCCAGUCCGCUUUUGCUGGCACAGGAAGCUUCCACAUCCGCCGAGCAAGAUAAUUCCAAGGUUGAAGAAUCGAUGAAUACGACCGAGGCUAGUUUCAAUGCAUCCAGAAUAUCCGCAAACUCGACCGUAGUUGAUACGAGCACAAAAACGGAAAAGGACGAUACCAUCAACGGGGACGAGUCGACAAGUAAAUCGGUCAAAGAAGAGGUCGUCAAAAAGCAGAUCAAGAAGGAAAGCAUAGCCAGCAGUACUGCCCCUUCCACGCCAGCUGAAACUAAGAAAACUCCCGCAGUGUCGUCCAGCACUAGUGUUGCAAUUAAGGAGGAAAAGCCGGCCGCCAGUCCUGUUAAGGAACAAACCGAGGUCGUAAGCCGAAGUGGACGCAAGAUCAAGCCCAAACGUUUCCUCGACGGCGAGGAAGAAGAACCAGCGGUAGCUUCCCCACCGGCCAAGAAAAGGGCUCUUGCACCCAAGGAGAAGGUGGCGUCACCAGCAGUAACGCCCAAGAAGGCCAAUCCUUUCGAUAAAAUCGAAAGCGAACGCGUAUACUUUUUGAAAUUGGAACGUGAACUUCGGGAGUUGAAUUGGGAGAUAAAGUCUUGCGUGGGGCUAGCCUGUGCCGAUCCGGAGAAGUGCGUAGACCUGAUGGAACAGUAUCAAAAGCUGAAAGUGACCCCAACAAUGUUGAAAAAGAAUCCGAACUGUGUGGAAACGAUGAAGCGGUUACGGAAAUAUGUUGGCAAUACCAAGGCAUGGAACAUGACGGAUGAAGAGCGAUUAAGUUUGACUUCUACGCCCAGCAGAUUCGAACCAAGGCCGAGCAGAUAUACAACCAAUUCAAGACCAUGUUCCCGGUGUCUGAGGGAGCCACUUCAUUCUGGGAGAUUUUCUGCGAGGAAUUCAGCAAGUUUGAGCAAUCCACAAAGCACCUGAGCCAGGAAGAGAUUUUCUUGCUUGUGGAUGAAGCAGAUAUAAAGAGUAACCCCGAAGCGUCUGGCGAAAAGAACGGUACCGUGGUCAAAGACGAAGAAGUUAAGAAUGAAUCUGAAGAACAGAGCAAAGAGGAGACCAAAUCGGAAACGGGUAGCAACGAAGCCGUCGCGACAUAAUGCAGAAGUAGGAAAUAAGCAACGCUGGUAAGAUUUUCCAUAGAAUCGCUCGAAAGGAAAGCGAUGCCCAAUUUUAGUUUGAAAAUUUUGAAGAUCAUUUAAUAGGACACACUUUGAUGCGACAUAUUCAUUAUUCUGAAACAUUCGUCCCAAAACGUUUGGUGCGUGCGCUGGAAUAUGUUAUAGAUCAUCUCAAAAUUUACAAGAUUGUAAUAUACGACAUGUGGUUUUAAUUUUACAUUGCAAUUAUAUUUUUGGGAAAAUAAAUUUGACCAAUUACAACUCAAAUUUGGAGGUUCAUUAUCCAUCGCACAGUAUAACACAGUUUGUUGGGACGGAUUGAAAGCAGCCACUUCAGAUGAUUAUAGAAAUGAUGCCGGAAAUAUAUUAAUAAUUUAUCUUUUUAUGUGUAAGCUUAAAAAGUCGAGAUAGAAAACAAUACAACCCGCAAUGUUGUACUGAAACUAGGAACGCAAAUGAAUGAUUCUUUUAUCUUAAAUUGUCGACUGUUAAAGCAACUGAUAUCAAAGUAUCGUUUAACAGGCAUCGUUGAUAGAAAUUAUCGACGUCUAUGAUUUUGUAAAUUAUAAUUACAUUUGAACACAGAUAGUUAUUAGUUUCAGA